AUGAGAAACAACUGCAAAAAAACUGAGGCGGCAGCUCUUUGUGCAGGUGGCCGCCUGGCUGCAAGUCAUAAAUUAGCGGAACGCCCAGUCGAAGACGAAAUCUAUGGAAGAUCCGACAGCUUUUUCCUCAGUGAUGACAUUAAACACGACUUGUUCAAUAUUUACACUGGGGCUGCUUUAGUGGAACGUGGGUUAAUGCGCGAACCUGUGAAACUAGAAAACGUUAAAUUGUAUCUAUACACCAAACACAACAAAGAGAAAGAUAGUUAUAUUCCACUUGAUAUUACUAACCCAUCUCCGUUAAACAAUCCUCGUGCUAAAAUCGCUUUCAUCAUCCAUGGCUGGCUGGAGCAUAAAGACGUUUCAUGGUACGACGACUUGAAGGAUGCUCUUUUGAAACGGGACAGUUCGUACUACGUGAUUCAAGUAGACUGGUCUGAGUACUCCCACUUGGGGUACUUGUUGUCGUCGUACACAACCAUGGACAUCGGUGCAAUCAUUGGUGAAUUCAUUUCGGACCUUAACAGAAACUACAACAUCCCACUUUCUAACUUCCUAGUCAUCGGUCACUCUCUGGGUGGUCAAAUCUCCGGCUACACCGGCAAGAAAGUGCAAGAACUAACAAACCAGAAAAUCCCAAGAAUCGUAGCUCUUGAUCCUGCAGGUCCUUUAUUUUCGUCUAGACCAGAAGAGGAACGUCUGAACCAACACGACGCCGAAGUUGUCCACGUUAUCCACACCAACGGUGGUACUUUCGGCUACCUGGAUAAGUGUGGUACCCUCGAUUUUUAUCCAAACGGUGGAAGUUUCCAGCCUGGGUGUCUCAAAGCUUUUAUUCCAGAUCUCGAUGGUUUCAAAGACAUUAUAAUUGCGUGUGAUCACCAGAGGAGCUGGAAGUAUUUCACAGAAGCCGUGGCAAGACCUAACUCGUUCAAGGCAAGGAAGUGUAGCAACUGGCUCAAAUUCACAACGAGCUAUUUGUGCGACGACGAGUAUGCUUAUAUGGGCGAUUUGGACACUAAGCAAACUGGAGACUUUUAUCUAGAAACCAACAGCGAAUCGCCUUAUAGUGCUGAAAAGGCGAGCUUCGUGAGAAGUUUUCUUGGAGACUUGUGA